AUGGUUGGGUCAAACAUUUUACAACCACACAGGGACGCCUUGAAGGCAAAGCCUCUGACGGCCUGUGCCUCGCUCCUCCUCUUCGCCAAAGUUGAUGGAAGCGGUGGCCAAGAACCUGAAACACCAACACCAACUCCAAAUAAAAAAACCACAUAUGCUGUCAAAUUGGGAGAAAAUGGCGCAUGCCUCUCCGAUAUCAACGAUGCUCGUAAGAAGGCCGGUUUCAAUGAUUUCGUAAUACCCCAAACAGAUGCGAAAGAGAAAAGACUGCCUGAGGAAGGAGAGCAAGAUUCCUCCGAGUAUGACGAAUGGGUGUGGAAGCCCGUUUGCGAUGUCUUGAUACCACAAGAAGCAGCACGCAAAAGCUCCGAGGCAGACCCUGGAAAAAAGUUCAUGAGCGGCACAUACGCAUUCCAGGUCGUCGAUGCCGCUAACCUUAGUUGCACUGCCGUAGUAGAAAAGUGGAAGAAUGCCUACAGCAACUUCAAUGGAUUGCCUCCACCGAACAAGGAUACUGAGGAGUUGUAUGCCAGUCAGGACAACAUCUCUUUCGUGGCCGUGCACAACCCCUCCGCCGAUGCUACCGCCGACUGCAGAGUCGUCACCUGUACAAGGAAGAUCAGCAACUCUCCAACGAGCCUACUAUUGGAACAGGAAGAGGAAGACAACAAAACUGAAGAAACAAAGGAAGGCUCUGCCUUGAUUUGCAUGACGACACCUGACGUUCUUCCGGCGAACAGUGACAACCCUCCUUUCACGUAA